CAACAACAAAUCUACCAGAAACCACCUCUACAACCACCAUUCCAGAAACUACUCAACCGAUAUGGACUACAACUACAUCAACCAGUGUCUACUUACCCGAAACACCAGCCAGUACAACGACUACAACUACAACUACACCUUUCACAAACUACAUCCCUGAAACAACACCACAAAUCCAGAAAACGACUUCAAUUACAUCUACCACCAGCUUCAUACCUGAAACUACACCACCAAUUGUGACAACGACUACGUCUGCCACCAGCUCCAUAUCUGAAACUAUACCACCGAUACAGACAACAACAACUACGUCUACCAUCAGCUACACACCUGGAGGAUAUACGACAACCAGAACUUCACCUAUCAGAACUAUUACAGAACCAUAUUGCAAUGGUGUAUGGUCACCCUGGUUUAAUGAAAAUACACCAUCUAUUCAGAACAAAGGGGAUUCUGAAUUACUGGAGACCAUUCGCUAUAAACUGUGUCCUUUCUCCCCUUAUCAAAUAAAUGACAUUGUUUGUGAAGCUGUCAAGUUCCCACAACGACCAAUAAGUGAAAUAAAUGAUAAUGUUACUUGUGAUAUAAACAAAGGACUGAUUUGUAAUUACAAUGAACAGACACCUGAGAAUCACCUCAUGUGUUUGGACUAUAGAAUUAGGGUGUGCUGCGAGCCAAUACUAACAUCACAAAUUACAACCACAGCCAUUGUACCUGUAGUCCAUUCUACAAUCUAUGAGCCUCUAAUAACCCAUGUCACAAAGAAACCUGUAGAAUCUUGUCAGUGCAAUUCAAAGCCACCAAGGAAGUGCAUGGAGACAUGGAAAGAAAACUGCACAAUGAUUACUUGCAUCAGAGGAGAUAUUUUUAAAAUAGAUCCCAUUACCUGUCCUGCAUUAAUUAAACCAAGAUGUAACAACAACAUUGAGCCUGUGAAAGUUCACACUGCAGAUGGAUGUUGUGAGAAAUGGGAAUGUGACUGUGAAUGUGAAAUAUGGGGAGACCCACAUUACAGCACAUUUGAUGGUAUAUGGUAUGAUUUCUUUGAGAACUGCACAUAUACCUUGGUGGAAGAACGGGUUCCAAAAUACAAUUUCUCAGUUCUGGUGGAUAAUUAUUUUUGCCUCCCAUUCAUAAAGAAGUCUUGUCCGAGGGGCCUAAUUAUUUCUUACAAUGGAAAUGUUGUACAUAUUUCAACUGCAGGAACAUAUGUGUUAACAGUCAAUGGAAAUGAUGUGAGACCUCCCUACAAUGCAAAUGGAUUUAUCAUUACUAAACUGGGCAUCAGCACAUAUAUUUCUAUUCCUGUUAUUCGAACAACUAUUACCGCUUACCCUAAUGCCUUUAAGAUCAGGGUGCCAGAACAAUACUUCCUUGACAACACCCAAGGCCAAUGUGGAUCCUGUUCGCACUCCCCACCCCAAUGCAUAAGAAAAAAUGGAAAGGCUGAGCCACCUGACUGUUGUCACAAAACUGCAUUUGAUUGGAGAGUUCAAGAUUCCAGAAAGCCUUACUGUCAAUCAGCUGCUACAAAUAUGCCUUGUAUGCCACCACUCUCUCCACCAACAUGCAAACCUGAAGAAACAAUCUGUGAUCUCAUUCAAAGCAAACUGUUUAAACAAUGCAGAAAAAGGGUCAACCUCGACAAGUACCUCAAGACUUGUAUCUUUGACCACUGCGUGAUAAAUUCUACGAUUGACUGUACCAGUUUGGAAACUGCUGCUUUAGCUUGUGCUAGUGUUGGCAUAUGUGUUGAUUGGAGGCCUUUCACCAAUGGCGUGUGCAAUUAUACCUGCGAUCAGGGUUUCGUGUACAGGUCAUGUCAAAGCAAGCAAGAUGGUCAGUGCAAGAAUAAUACAUUGAUAGCUGGGGAGGUAUUAACUCCAUUCGAAGAAGGCUGCUUUUGUCCAAAUGGAAUGCUCCUAUCUGAAGAUAAAUCCAGAUGUGUUUCUUUUUGUCAAAUUUGCCGUGACCAGUUUGGACAACCAAGAGAGGAGGGUGAUACAUGGGAGGAUGCCAAUAAUCCAUGUAUCUCCUAUGAAUGUACUGAGUUUGGAGUCGUACUCAGAAAUAUAUCCUGCAAUCAGGAUGAAAGCUGCCCUGAGUCUGACAGAGUUUACCUCGAUCGUUGUUGUUUUGAAUGCAGAUCGGCACGAGACCAAUGCAAAGUUAAUAAAUUUAAUGAAACAAUCAAAAGGGGAUAUUGUGAAGCAACGUUUGAAGCAACGCAAUGUCUUGGGCAUUGUUCAUCAGUUACACGAUAUGACUUCAAAAGACAUCGCAUGGACUCUUAUUGCCAGUGCUGCCGUGAAGACAAGACUGAAAAAGCAUCAGUGAUCCUACAAUGUAAAAAUGGAAAGACCAGCAGAGUAGCGUAUACCAGUAUCAAGUCGUGCAAAUGCAAAGAUUGCGGAAACAGCUAUCAAAAUCUGAUAAACAAGUCCCAAAAGCCGAAAAGCAAAUACCAAAAACCGAUACCCAAGCCCCAAAAGCUGAAAAGCAAAUACCAAAAACUGAAAAGCAAAUACCAAAAGCUGAAAAGCAAAUACCAAAAGCCAAAGCCCAAGUCCCAAAAGCCAAAAAACAAGUAGAUCAACUGAAUAAAUGGCAUGAUUUUGACAACCUAAUUUUCCAAAUCUGAUUUUGAUUUUAUUCUCAUGCGGUCUUUGCUAAUUGAUUUCUUUCAAUUAAAUUUCAUUAUGUUAUUUCUUUAAAAAAAACCCUGAAAAUCUUGUUUUUGGUAAAGCGUAUGGUUUUGUGGCAGGGAGGUGGUUGAAUAUUUACAAUUUAUUGGACACUUGGGACUUAUGUGAUUGGAAACAAUAAUAAACAAAUCUGCUGA